GAGCCCGGGCGUCUCGCCGCCGCCUGCUCGCAACGCAGCGCAGCGCAGCCAGCCGGCCGGGCGGGCGCGGAGCCCGGAGCGCGCAGGCCAGGCCGAAGCCUCCCCGGCAGCCAUGGGGGCGUCCGCGCGGCUGCUGCGCGCAGUGAUCAUGGGGGCCCCGGGCUCCGGCAAGGGCACCGUGUCGUCGCGCAUCGUCCAGCACUUCGAGCUGAAGCACCUCUCCAGCGGCGACCUGCUGCGGCAGAACAUGCUGCAGGGCACAGAAAUUGGUGUGUUAGCCAAGACCUUCAUUGAUCAAGGGAAGCUCAUCCCAGAUGAUGUCAUGACUCGGCUGGCCCUGCAUGAGCUGAAAAAUCUCACCCAGUAUAACUGGCUGUUGGAUGGUUUCCCAAGGACACUUCCACAGGCAGAAGCCCUGGACAAAGCUUAUCAGAUAGACACCGUGAUUAACCUGAAUGUGCCCUUUGAGGUCAUUAAACAACGACUCACUGCUCGCUGGAUUCAUCCAGCCAGCGGCAGAGUCUACAACAUUGAAUUCAACCCUCCCAAAACUGUGGGUAUUGAUGACCUGACUGGAGAACCUCUGAUUCAACGUGAGGAUGACAAACCAGAGACAGUGAUUAAGAGACUCAAGGCUUACGAAGCCCAAACAGAGCCAGUCUUGGAAUAUUACCAGAAAAAAGGGGUGUUGGAAACAUUUUCUGGAACAGAAACCAACAAGAUCUGGCCGCAUGUAUAUGCUUUCCUACAGACAAAAGUUCCACAAACAAACCAGAAAGCCUCAGUUACUCCAUGAAAGCAAAGCAUGUCACUAGUAAGAUGAGAAGAAACUCUUCUGUGCCUUUAGCAACUUCUGUUUUCUAAGACUCAAGCAUGUAUGAAUUCUUUGAAAAUUGUUUAAAUUACUGAUUUUAUUUUGUGUAUUACUAAGGAUGUGCCAAAUGAAUCAGAUACUAAGACUGAUCUUUUGAAAUUGUCUAGUAUGUUUUAUCCAUGUCUUUUUUUAGGCGUGUAAUUAAAAACACCAGGUAUGUUUAAAAAAAGUUUUAAAAAGUAAAAUUAAAAGAGCAAUUGGUAGUAAUUUUUUUGUUCAGUACUUGAUAUAUCAAAUUUUCCUAUUUUUGGAGAAGUAAAAAUACUGUGUGUCACUUGGGGAAAAUAUCAUGAAACUUUUGCAGAAUGAUUAAAAACAAAAAAUAAAACCAGAAACAUUUUCUAGUCCUGUGGAAUAUGCUUUUGUGAGACAGUAUAUCUAUAGUUUCCUGAUAUAUAAUUAUAGAAAAAAAGCAAUGGGAUUUAUAGAUGUUGCAAGAUGCAAAUUCAUUGUUGCCUUUAUACUAAUAAACAUAAGUUAGCUAUCUAUGCUGUAUUUAUUUUGUCUUUAGACAUACUUUUGGCUCACUCAGAAUUCUCAAUUUGCUAUAAAAAUAUAAUAAUUAGGAUAUAAGAAAUUAGCUUCUUUUCUUUUGAAAAUACAUGUGUGCUGAAGGAUAUGAUUUAUGUCAAAAAUGACAAAAUUCUUUUUUUUUUUUUUGGUCUUUUUGAGACAGGGUUUCGCCAUGCAGUUCAGGCUGGCCUUGAACUCACUUUGUAGCCCACACUGGUCUCAAACUCACAGCAAUCCUCCUGUCUCAGCCUCCCAAGUGAUGGGAUUACAGGUGUACGCCACCACAACUGGCAACAGAAUUCUUAGAUCAGCACCAACAGUGAAUGUAUUUUGUGGAAGAUAUAAUCAGGUUUUCUUAGUUAGGUUAAGAAAUACAGGAUCUACUUACCAGUUUCUUUUUAACUCAAAUGUAUAAUUUACCUUGGCAAACGACAAAUUAUAGUACAAAGAAAAAUUUUAAAAGUUGGCACUAUGUCAAGUAAGCAUACUUUGUUAUUAAGGGACUAUAAAUAGAUCAGCCAUGCCAGCAGGAUACUCCCUUGAUAGUAACACAACCAUAAUUAGUAAACAGGUACAGCAAUAAAAAGAAUAGAUAUGAUAAGUUAGAAAAAGAUUAGAUAAGUAACUGAGUUCCCUGAAGGAGAUCUUUACUUCUAAUCAAAGAUAUGUGCUAGUGGUCACUGCCAUAGUAAAAGAAUCUUGCUAGUGUCCUCUGAGCAGCCAUUUAAAAAACAAAUUGAUGGGUUUCCUUAUUGGGCAACAAGGAUGCCUACUCAUGUGAUGUGGCCUGGUGGAAAACAGGGCAAUCUGAGAAGCAGAGGAAAAACCCAACUGCAUUUUCCAUGUGAUACUCUUAAUUUACUUGGUGCUAAAACAAAUGGAUUAAGCACUUAUACCAGCCUUUUAAUGGGCAUUUUAAGAAUUUGGCCCAUUUUACUCCAGGCAUUUAAAAUUCAAGUGCCAGCCAGUGGUGCUUAUGUACUGGGUUGAAGCACUUUUUUAAAAAAAAUUCAUUGUUAAUCUUUCAAAUUGGAGCAAGGCUUUUUAAAAGAUUAGACACUAGUUCUUACUUUUACAAUGCCUUAUUUGAAUGUUAACAUUAUAUACUUUAUAAAAAUUUGAACUACUAAACUUAUCACCAGACACACGAGUUUCAAUGAGAAUAAAAUUUAAGUACUGUGGCCGUUAUUUUGUCUUCGAUAAUUCACAAAGUUCACUCUACCCCACCUUUCUGCUGUGCUGACUUCUCCUCACUGGCUUCAUUCCAAUAAACUGCCUUAAAACAGUGCAUGGGCUGGUUUAGUUUUAGGUAAGUCUUUUAUCGUCUGGUAUGGUGUUGUAGCCACACUGGCUUUCAGAUACCUUUUGAGAGACUUGCACAAUCAAAGAGAAACGUUGAAGGAAGCUAUGAAAAUCGAGACACCUCCACUCCCAAAACAAUAGUAAUUUUGCACAUACAUCCAUUACUUUGAGAAAUGAAUAUGACAUUUUUCUUUAAUAAAACAAUUUCUGAACAGGUUCGUGUCACAGGUAAUGAUUGUAUCACUGCUGAGUGCAUCCUGCUAAACAAAUAAUGCUGUGGUAUCCAGUAUGAUUCAUGUACCGCACAGAAAUGUUGUAGCUGAACAUCAUGGUCAGGAGGAGUUAUUAUACUUUAGUUAAAAGAUAAUGAGAACAGUGCCUCAACCCAUUACCCUUUUUUCUGGAGUAUCACAAUCAAGCAAAAGGUGAGACUGGAAAUGGAAAAUGGCAGUAAUUGUUACCACUCAUAUUUCAGCCCUAAAGUCCAUCUGAAACAGGUUAAUACUGGUCAAAUUUCUGAACUCCAUCUGCUGAUUAUUUCCCCCUCCACUCCUUAGUUUUAUACAAUGGUAUUCCAGCAAAACAUUUUGAGUCCUCCUAGUUUAGGAAAAAACUGUCUUAUACUAACAAAUCAUUGUAUUUACAAAACUCAUGUGAAAGCAAAUUACUGUAAUACAGCACUUGCAACCAACAACAAAAAUAAAUUUGUAUUUUAAAACCUG